AACUCCAUCUCGCUCUCUGUUCCUCUUCUUCUCCGGAAGUUCGUAGUCAGACCCAGAGAGACGCGGAAGCUGAGACCUCUCGACGAUCAACAGCGAAAUGUUUGGACUUUCUUAUGGCGAGCUCUUCCUCUUGAUCGGAGCAACCGCUGCCCUUAUCGGACCCAAGGACCUUCCGAUCAUAGCGAGAACCGCGGGCCGGUUGGCGGGUCAAGCCAUUGGAUACGUUCAAUUAGCCCGUGGGCAGUUCGAUUCCGUCAUGCAGCAGACUCAAGCCCGUCAGGUGCACAAGGAGCUACAGGACACCAUAGCCCAGUUGGAAGCCAUACGCCAUGAAAUCAGAAGCGUAUCUUUCAUGAAUCCUGGCCCGUUAACUCGAAGGCUGGUGGAUGAUCCGAAUAACACCUCUGUUAGCAGCGGUGACAAAUUGCCCAAGGCACCUACAGAAGGAGAUACGGAGAUGACUAACUCCACGAAGGAUUGCGGUACCACUGGAUCCGACCUAACUAAUAUGCAUAGCCAGGCAAUCACAUAUGCAAAGUUGGCUGAAUCACCAGCGAUUAGGUCUGGUUCACCACAAAGCAGUACUGAGGCGGACAGGGUUGAUGAUGAAUCUGGUUUUCCUACCGUUUUGCCCGUGUCAGCUGAAACUGCCGGUUUAUUGCCAAAUCGGAAAGAUGAUGUAAAAGGAUCUGACAUUGUGCUAGAGGCUAUGUUGGAAGCAGAGGUGGCUCGCAAUGCCAAAGAAUUUUUCUCUCAACCCAGAAUCAAAUAAAAUAUGAGUGAGAAGGUAUUUAUAAUUUUAUUCAGGCCUGCUGUUGCUCUUAGUUUCUUGAGGAGAAGAGUUAUAGGUUAUAGUUAUUCUUUGAUUGGUGGGUGGAUUCUGUUCAAUUCACGCUGCUUAUAUGCUUGCAUAUGAUAUAAGGAUGGCUGUGCACUUGCAUAGGAUAUAUACAGACUUAAUGUGAAAAUUGGUUGGUGAUGAGAGGGGACUUUGUUAUGUCGAAUCUUAGUGG